AUGAGGAUUAAGCUCUGUCGUCAUCAAGCCUUCUCUCAGGCAGCGCAGCCCGUGGAGAGCAACUGCAGCGACCGGUUCCGCCGCCUGCAGCCGCCCCGCUCUCGCGAGAUUAUAACCAGUCUGUCACCGAGACGCGCCGGUGGCGCCGACGCAAUGUUCUUUUUAAUCACAGCAAAGAAGAGCUGUGAACUGUGUGAUGAAGGAUGGAGGUCUCUUGGGUUGAAGUGCUACUUUUUCUCCACCAAUAAUCUGAACUGGAUGGCGAGUCGAGAUUCCUGUGUUGAGAAAGGAGGUCACCUAGUGAUCAUAACCAGCCAAGCAGAACAGGAUUUUUUAUCCUCAAAUAUUAAAGAAACUCACUGGAUGGGUCUGAAUGAUCUGGAGACGGAGGGAAAGUGGAUGUGGGUGAACAACAAGACCUUGGAUGAGACCGGUGUGAAGUGCUGGUACACAAGAACAAAUCAACCCAGUGAGCCUGAUAACUGGAGAGAAGAGGACCCUUCUGGAGAGAACUGUGCUUGUAUGGGGCAUUUAUUUGGUGCUGUAGGUGACUGGUUUGUUGUCACUUGUCGUAGAAAGCAAAAGUACAUCUGUGAAAAACAAGUGUGAGAUACAAAUAUAAGAAACUUGAACCGUCUAUUCAAAUGUUCGAACCGGCUUGAGUUAUUUUAUAUAAAUGUAAAAACUGAAAAAAUAAGGAAUUUAUAACGUUCUGAGCUGUGUGUUGUAGGGCAUCGAAUUCUAAAUGUGUUUCUAUUUACAAAAUACAAUAAAGUUAAUCAGAAAAUCUUUUCUUUCUACUUUUAUCAGUUAAAUAAAGAUUUAAGAGAAUUAACACAUCACAGAUUCUUCUUUUUGUUGUGUUUUACAAAACGUCCCAACUUAAUUCUAAUGUUAAUGUUAAUUAUAUUCAUUCA